AUGGCCCAUGAGAUAGAUAUUGAUAAUCACAUAUCAAAAGGGGAUAAUGUAGAUAGAUCCCACCAAUAUGAUGUGUUUAGCAGUGACAAUGAAGAAGAUGAAGAAGAAGGAGACAAGGUAGAAAGAUCUAGCCGCCAAGAUCUAUUUGUAAGUGAUGAUGAAGAAGCAGAAGAUGCAGAAGUUGAUCUAGAAGGUGAAUUUCUAAGUGCCCUUGAUGAAUUGAAAAAUAUUUUACAUGAACUUAAGGAUUACAAGAAAUCAGUUCAUGAAGAAUGUAGCCAGUUGAGAACAUGCCUUGAAGAUUCAAACAAAAAGACUCAUCAAGAUGACACCAUGAAGUGCAGGUGCAAUGAUUUAGAGUCAGAGCUAGAUUCCCAAAAGAUAAUAUGUGAGAAGCUGCAGCAAAAAGUGGAGACUAAAGGAAAUGAAUAUCGUAAUCUUAAGGAUGAAGUUUCAAAGCUUACUUUAGAACUUGAAAAGUGCCAAGAUGAGCUCAAACUGAGAAAGAAGUAUGAUGGUGGAACUGAAGGCUUGGAUAAGAUUUUAAGCCAGCAGAAACAUUCCAAGGAUAAUGGAGGAUUAGGAUGGGAAGAAGAAGAAGAUGCAGAAGUUGAUCUAGAAGAUGAAUUGCUAAGUGACCUUGAUGAAUUGAAAAAUAUUAGAAAUGAACUUAAGGAUUACAAGAAAUCAAUUCAUGAAGAAUGCAGCCAGUUGAGAACAUGCCUUGAAGAUUCAAACAAAAAGGUCAGUUUAUUGACCACUCAACUAGAUGAGGCAAAAACAAUGGCGGAUGAUUUGAAAUAUACCUUGCAUGCCAAGGAGAGAAGAUGUGAGGAGUUACUACUAGAUAUAAAGUCUAGGGACAAAGGAUGUCAGGACCUGAAAAGUGAAAUGGAGUAUCUGAGAAAUGAAUACAAGUUGUUUGAGAAUGUUGCGGUUGUUGAGCAAAAUCGGUUGAUCCGAUGUCUUGAAGAUUCUAAGAAAUGUAUCUCAGUGUUGAAGACGCAUCAAGAUGACACCAUGAAAUGCAGGUGUAAUGAUUUAGAAUCAGAGCUUGAUGCCCAAAAGAAAAUAUGUCAGAAGUUGCAACAAAAAGUGGAGACUAAAGGAAAUGAGUGUCAUAAUCUUAAGGAUGAAGUUUCAAAGCUUACUUUAGAACUUGAAAAGUGCCAACAUGAGCUUAAACUGAGAAAGAAGUAUGAUGGUGGCACUGAAGCCUUGGAUAAGAUGUCAAGCCAACAAAAAAAUUCCAAGGACAAUGGUGGAUUAUGA